UAUUAUUUACUCCAAUCUAUUAUCUAGUCCACUUCUGGUCUUGUACCUGAAAGGCUAUAUAUGAACUUAGAAAUGGAGCAAUUUGAAAAAAUGACCUUAAAUCUUUAUGUACAUAAUCGAGUUGAACAGAAGAUAAAGUUCAUAGCCAUGGAAGAUUCCUUAAAGCGCAUCAAAAUUCAAGAACAGGACCAAGAAAACAACGAAUCAUCGAUAUUGAUUCCUGGUUUGCCAAAUCACUUAGCUCAUCUUUGUCUUUCCAAUCUUGAUCCUUCACUUCUUUAUGGCGUUUCCAAAUCAUGGCGACGCCUAAUUUACACCUCAUCUUUUCCUCAUUUUUACUCUCUAUACGUUGUAUGCUCUCGAAGUAGUCCUACUACUUCGAGAGCAUACAACAAUGGUAGUACUAGCAACAAGCAGUACUACACAAGAAUUGAUGAACAAAAUUCCGUGGAAUUUUUCUGCUUAGAUCCAAUUUCAUCUAAGUGGAGUCCUUUACCAAAUCCUCCUUCAGAUCCACCAAUUCGCGUACUUCGCCAUCAUCCAUCUUUUAUAUCAAGGAGCCUUUCGAUUCAAUCUUUAACCGUUUCAGAACGUAUGGUUCUUAUUGCUGCCACUACUCAUAAAUUUCGUCCAGCACUUGAACGUCCAUUGGGAUUUAAUCCAUUGUGUAACGAAUGGUUUUUUGGUCCUCCGUUGCAUACACCGCGGCGAUGGUGUGGUACGAGCUCUGUGAAUGGAAAGGUGUAUGUAGCAAGUGGUAUUGGCUCAGCAUAUCAUGGUGAUGUAGCAAGGUCUUUAGAGAAAUGGGAUGUGAAGAAGAAGGCUAGUGAAUGGAAGUGGGAGAAAUUGGCAGGGUUAAAAGAUGGAAGAUUUAGUAGAGAAGCUGUUGAUGCUAUUGGCUAUAGAGGGAAACUAUGCAUGGUAAAUAUUAAGGGACGUGCAGUAAAACAAGGCGCCGUUUACGACGUAACGAAAGAUGAGUGGGAAGAGAUGCCAAAGGGAAUGCUAGGAGGAUGGAAUGGACCAGCAGCAGCAACAACAAUAAAUGAUGAAAGCGAGAUGUACGUAGUGGAUGAGACACAGGGGUCCUUGAGCAAAUAUGUAUCAGAAACUGAUCAGUGGGAAGUGUUGAUUGAGUCUUGUAAUGAAUUGAAAGGUGCUGAGCAAAUUAGUGCUGGAAGAGGAAGAGUUUGUGUCAUUUGUAGUGGUGGACGGAAAAUUGUUGUAGUAGAUGUUGCAGUAAAACCAGCUAAUGUAAUUCGAGUUUUGAGUACUCCGCCUGAGAUGGAGGCGAUUGCUUUGCAUAUAUUGCCAAGGAUUAGUGUGGAAGACUGAUAUGUAUAAUAAUGUUGAAUUAUCAAAUUAAGGAAGAAUCAAAAUUCUACUCUUGAAUUUA